AGCACUCUGUUUCCACUCCCUGAAACCAUCCGCAUCUCUUCGGGUUAACAGCAGUUAUCCGUUUCGUGAUUAUUAUCUUAUUGGUUCGUUCAAUUCCGGAAAUUAGAAAAAUCAUACAGUGCUCCCGAGUGUGGCGUGAUUUUCCAGACUUCUUUGAAUUUCCUCGGUGUGUUUAUCGACAAUUUCAGUCACAUUGCUGAGACAAAAUAAGACAAGAUGCUUAUUCACCCAACGGAGGAAAUGUCCAAACGGAUCCGGUUAGAGUUGAACGAAAAUGUAGAAACUCGUCAAAAAGAUCUGGAAAUUAUCAAAGAGUGGCUCGUUAAGCAGCCGCAUUUACCCUCGACUUACGAUGACCUGAGGCUCAUGACUUUUCUUCGGGGUUGCAAGUUUUCCUUGGAAAAAUGUAAACGAAAACUAGACAUGUAUUUCACAAUGCGCGCAGCAGUUCCCGAAUUCUUCACUAACCGUGACGUCACGAGACCGGAAAUGCGUGAGAUUGCCGAAUUAAUAAACAUUCCUCCUCUUCCUGGUCUGACGGAAAAUGGCCGAAGAGUGGUAUUAAUGCGUGGUGUAGAUAAAAAUUUGCCAACACCAAAUCCACCGGACGCAAUGAAGCUUGUUCUAAUGAUCGGUGACGUACGAUUGAAGGAAGAGCUUGUUGGCGUUGCAGGAGAUGUUUACGUACUCGAUGCGAGUGUCGCGACGCCAGCACACUUCGCUAAAUUCACGCCAACCAUUCUCAAGAAAUUUUUAAUUUGCGUUCAGGAAGCAUACCCGGUUAAGCUUAAAGAAGUUCACGUCAUUAACGUCAGCCCUCUCGUCGACUCUAUCAUCAAUUUUGUAAAACCGUUCCUCAAAGAAAAAAUACGAAAUCGUAUUUACGUUCACAGCGGUAUGGAAACUCUCUACGAACAUAUACCCAAAGAUAUUUUGCCCACGGAAUACGGUGGUAAAGCAGGACCUGUCAAGGACAUCCAUGACGCAUGGAUGAAAAAAUUGGAGGAAUAUCGACCAUGGUUCGAGGAUCAGGAAUCGGUGAAAGCGACUGAGGCACUGAGACCGGGAAAACCAAAAACCCAGGACGAGCUCUUUGGUGUGGACGGAUCCUUUAGGCAAUUAUCGAUAGACUAGAAAAUCAAUGUGCUGAUUUGUUAUAAGAAUUUUUUUUUCACAAUGUAGUACGUUAUUCGUUGGAACUUACCUAGUUUCCAAUGUACCAUUUGCUUCUCUUCGAUUGUUGCGUUCCCUCUAAUUAUUAAAUUUUUCGUAUAUCAUCAA